AUGGCCCCGUCGCCCCUAACCAUGGCCCCUCGCGACCUGCCGCCCCUAACCGCGGCCCCGGUGCCCUGUCGCAUCAUGGUGGGAUUGUGGAGCAGUAGUGGGGGGGAGGGGAUCUGCAGCACCAGCCCCCCCCGCCCCCCCUUCUCCUACCUCCCCCUGCUGCGUGUGCAGCAGUGGGGGGGAGGGGAUCUGCAGCACCAGCCCCCCCCCGCCCCCCCUUUCUCCUCCAUCCCUGGGGGCAAUGACAAGGAUUAUGAUCCGAAGAAAGAUUGGGAUUGCGCGGGGUUGAGGGAUGACGAGGAGGAGGAGGAGGAGGAGGAGAAGGGUGAGGAGGAGGAGGAGGAGGAGGAGGAGGAGGAGGAGGAGGAGGAGGAGGAGGAGGAGGAGGAGGAGGAGGAGGAGGAGGAGGAGGAGGAGUUGUCCCAGCCGGGGAAGGCUAAGAGGAAGGCCAAGGGGAAGGCCAAGAGGAAGGCCAAGGGGAAGGCCAAGGGGAAUGCCAAGGGGAAGGCCAAAGGCAAGGGGAACGGGAAGAAGAUGGGCAAGGGUAAAGGCAUACGAGUUCAGGAGGAGGGGGGGGGAGAGGACGGUGUGGCCGCGUCGGUAAAUGAGAAUGAUGGGCCUUUAAAGGCCACGAAAGGGUGUAAGAAGGCCCCGGGUUGGCAGGUCCAGAUGUUCGGGCCAUUGGGGGCGGAUGAGAAGCGCAAGUGUAAGAUGUGCGACACCCGUAUCUGUUGGUCGACGGGCACUACGACUCCAGGGGUGCGCCACAUGGUUGCGAAGCACACGGCGCAUCACGACAUUUGGCAGUAUAGGUCCCUAAGACCACACCUACUGACUAAGGGAGAGACUUUCCCGGAGGGUGGCUACGAUGGAGUUCCCGACAAGAAGGUGGUGAAUUGGCCACACGUGGCCUCGUGGCCCAAUUUGCCUGUGGUGCAGACCCCGAGCGCGAAGGGCGAGGCAGGUGGCAUUGAGCGCUUUGUUACAGUGAGGCUGAGUAAGCUGAAGCUUCGUGCGGCGAUCACGAAGCUUGUGGUGACCGGCGACUUGCCCUUUCUCAUCGUCGAGCUGGAUGCGUUCAAGGAGCUGCUGAUCCUGCUGAACGAAAAGUGUGGGGAAAAGGGCGUUAUCCCAUCACGCUGGACGGUGGCACGCGACACCGUUGUCCUUGCUGACUUGGCGCUCGAGGCAGCGAUUGCAGAGCUGGCCUCUACAACCUGUGCCGUGUCGUACAGCACCGACAUGUGGACAGGCCCGAACGGCAAGGCCUACAUGGUGCUGAGAGGUCACUUCGUGUCGGUGCAGUGGGAGUUGCGCCAGAUGAUUCUUGCUUUCGUCGAGAUGCCUGGUAGGCAUGGGGGGAAGGAAAUUGCUAAGGCGGUUGAGAAGGUGGUGGUGCAGUGGAAGUUGCAGACGCGUUGCCUCGGUCUCACGACCGACAAUGCGUCUGCAAACGUUGUUGGUCUUCGGCACCUGGCGGAGGAGGGUGAAUUCUCGGGGUACUUCAGCGAGAAGGCGCACUACAGGUGCCUGUCGCACAUUGUGAACCUGGCAAUGCAGUCUGAGCUGGGUGUGGAGUCGAUGACGGUGCCCCUGAAGAAGGUGUGGGAGAUCACUACGUGGGUGGGCAUGUCGCCCCAGCGAGGAGCCGCCUUCAUCGCGCUGCAGGGCACCACGAAGGAAGAGAAGGAGAAGUGGCGAGGUAUGUGUGUGACUGAUGCCGAGUGGGAGGCCUUGGGGGCUUUGGAGGGGUUUCUCCGUCCCUUUGCCAGAGUCUCCACGGCCGCCGAGGGGUCGACCUACCCCACUGUGUCGAUGGUGCUGCCGUACUUCUACGCCCUCAUCGAUAGCCUGGAGAAGAAGCUGCACACAGGGACGCAUGAACUAGUUCGUCCACUCAUGUCUGCCGCGCUGGGGCACCUAAAGCAGUACGAGUUUGCCAUCGGGGAUGAGUACUGGAUCGCGACCUUCUUGGAUCCGUCCAUGAAGGCCGAGUACUUCAAGAUGACACACUGGGAGCUGGUGCAUCCAGGCAUAGUGGCACGUGACGCAUCAGCAGCAGCAGGGGUGACACCGUUCGAGGAGGAUGUCGACGAGUUUGUGUUCUCUAGGGCACAGCUGCAGAAGCGUGGUUCAGCUAAUGCAGCGGCGAGAGCGGGGGGGGGGGGGGGGGGGGGGGGGACGUCGGUGGGGGAUGAGGUGGAUCGGUACUUAGCGGAGCUGCCUGUCUCGGACGUGCCAUCACUGCAGUACUGGCAGCGUGCGAGGAACAUGGACACGUUGAGGCAGAUGGCACGGGAUUACCUCGCUCUCCCCGCCACCUCUGCAGCUAGCGAGCGAGCUUUCUCCAUGGGGAGGGACCUCAUCUCCUUGCACAGGUACAGGCUGAACACUGAGCAUGUUAGCGCGAGCAUGACUCUCAGGUCAUGGUACACGUCACACCCUGGGAAGAGUAUUGGUGAGGAACCCGGCCGCAGCGGAGAGCAGGCACCACCAGAGUUGGCGCUGGAGGGAGAGGGGCUAGAUGAGGGGGAUGAGGAGGAGGCUGUUGCUGUGGGGGGAGGAACCGGAGUUGAGUGA